UGCAAUUGCCCUCUUGGCAUUAUAAUCCCGGACGCUUUGAACAUCUGGCAUUCGUGGCGGCUGAUCGUCAUUACCAGGUAUGCUAUUCCCUUGCUGCCCCUCGCUCGUGCCUUCCGUUUGCACCGUCUGGUUUUUCCGUUCAGCCGAGUACUCCAGUUCAUCGAGCGCUCCAGUUCGUCCGUCUCCUUGGUCCAAGUGGUGGCCGCGAACUCCUACUGGAUGCUGCGUCCUCCCCACCGCCGCCGCUGACCAGAUCUGUGCCGCCGCUCUGGAGCGCUCUGCGGUCUACGCGACGGCGCGCACAGGAGCUGAGGACCUCGGCCUGUAGGUCAUGGACUCUCCACGAGGGAUUGAUAACGUUGUAGUAGGUGCGGCAUUGUCUCUGUCUCUGACUGAAGAAAAUGUGCAAUUGUUGUUCGGCCGUGGCGUGUCGCCAACCAAUGAAAUGACUGCACCGCGCUGCGAAGAGGAAGAUUGGAGUUUAGCUUGUAUUGGCCAGGACGAUCGCGUCACAUUUGGUACCUCGGGAAAUUGUAAUCCAAGUGAAUAUGUUGAUUGGGAUUCAAUCGAAGUUGAAGACAGGUGGACCGAGGAAGGAAGACAGAAUGUUACUAGUGAACAAGCAUUGUAUAUCCAGCUGGGUUUGCAUAAUGAGGAUGUGUUUGAAUCUGCUCAAAGGGAAGAAGAAUCAGCUCGUCAUGUUAGAUGGAGUAAUAGAGACUUUUUGGAUGGUGAAGCAUCAGCUGCCAUUCCAUGUUCUGAUUCUGUGGUAGAUGAGGAACGGAUUGUUUAUGACAUGAACAAUCCUGUUAAGAAAAAAACCUUCUUAAAUUUUCCUUCAGGCAAUUUUCCUUCGCAUCACAGGGCUAAGUUAAGAAAAAAACCUUCUUAAAUCCUCAUCUCUCCAAAAAACCUGCUGUUGUCACAGGGCUAAGUUAACUUUGCCCUCAGCUACUAAAUUUCUCCUCAUUUGAAUCCAUUCGAGUUCAAUGACAAAUAGCAUCACUGGGCAUCACUAGGCACAGUUCCAGCACAUAUAAUUUCAUUUAACAGAACUGAUGCAGGAACACAUAUGAAGUCAGUUAAUCGAAGUGAUGCAAAGGCCCUCAACAAACUAUCAAGAAAUGAGUACAGUAAGCAAAACGCAUCACAGGGCCCUUAAAGCAUAUCAAAGCAUCAUUGCUUUAAUUCCAACAAUUCAAUCCUCAAUUCAAUUCAGCUCCAGCUUACUCCACAUAUCAUCAUCACACGGUUACAGCACUUAUAAAUUUAGUAAACAGAACUGAUCCAUGAACACAUAUGAAGUCAGUUAACCGAGAGUAAGUGAUGCAAACGCCCUCAGCAACAAUUGUGAUGCAAACGUCCUCAGCUACAUAUGAAGUCAGCUAGCAAGAUGCAUCAUAGGGCAACAACUGAUAUUCAUACCAUUCCAAUCAUUGACAACACAAUUCAGACAAAGCAAAGCAAACCUGCAAGUUGGAAACCCUGGAUUCCUCGGCCAGCAAGGCAGCGAGGCGAGCUUCACCCCAUGCCGAUUCAGCUCGAGUCUCCGCGCAAGUAGCUGUUAUGAGAACAUCUAGGGUGGAAACAGUGGAUUGGUUACCCACAGAUGUUGCAGCACAUAGGUCUCCAG